AUGUCAAAGGAAGCUAAGCGUGCAUUGAAGUCAGUAGCAGAUUACUUAUUCCUAAGUAAAAAUGCACAUGGAAGCAUCUAUUCCAAAAAUAGACACAAAGAGUUCGAAUAUGUUACAAAUUUACCUUUACAGAUGUCGUUUUACUUCAACUCUCUAUACUCCCCAUUUUGGUUCAUCGGAACGCUAAUGACGCUCAUAAUGGAGUUCCAAUAUUUAGACCCCGUUUAUAAAGUAAUUAAUACUGCUGUAUUCGUCUUAUACUCUGUUUUGGAAGGCCUCAGAUUGUAUCUUGGAUAUGCUGGAAAUUUGAUGGAGUCCCUGAACUAG